AAGGAGUGCAGCUGCAAGGACACCAUGUGCCGGAAGAUCUCGCAGAUCGUGGAGUUCGAGAUGAACGGCAUGCCACCCGACAGCCGGGUCAUCCGAGGGUGCGGCUGGGAUGAGAGCAGCUACAAGGUUAGUAUCGACUCCGCAAGGAGUGCAGCUUCAAGGACACCAUGUGCAGGAAGUACUCGCAGAUCGUGGAGUUCGAGAUGAACGGCAUGCCGCCCGACAGCCGGGUCAUCCGAGGGUGCGGCUGGGAUGAGAGCAGCUACAAGGUUAGUAUCGACUCCCUCCGCAAGGAGUGCAGCUGCAAGGACACCAUGUGCCGGAAGAUCUCGCAGAUCGUGGAGUUCGAGAUGAACGGCAUGCCGCCGGACAGCCGGGUCAUCCGAGGGUGCGGCUGGGAUGAGAGCAGCUACAAGGGACGUUGUUACCAGCGUUCCGGCUUCGGCGGCCGCCAAGAAGUCUGCUCCUGCCUCGAAGAUGGCUGCAACUCGGCCACUGCCCCCGUCGCCGCCACACUGCUCAUGCUGCUCACCGCCGCGGUCCUCAGGUUCUAGCUCUAGAAGGUUCAUUAGAGUAGGGAAUGCUCGAUAGGUAGUCUAGUCGAUUAAAAAUUAUGAGUAUUUUGAUGGAUGCUGACUAAAAAGUAAAGGUCAUACGCAAUUACACAGCCUGCCACUAGGUUCACGACUCUCCUGUGAACAUAUCCAAUGUUAUCCAUUCCCUAUUAACCUGUGUAAUAAAUAAAACAGUUCCUUACCUUUACUUUUGCACAAAAGCUGUUAAUUAUUGUCCACAUUAGAGUUAUCUUUUGUUAGAAGUCCUAUGUGAACCGAUUUUUCCUUUGUUGUCGUUAGUUGGCUGGAUUGGCUUAUUUGAAGAGCUCCACUUUCUAGGUGGGAUGAAUACGAAAUCAUAACAUGUCCCGAACAAAAAGGUAGGUAUAUAAAUAUCGUAUCGUUCCUUGAUUUACGAAAAUACCUUUUCAUAAAUCAGAGGAAGAUUUUUUGGGAUAUACAGGACGUCCCACGGCGAUGCCACAUGGAGGAAAAGUACCUUAAAUAUCAUAGAUAGCAUAUUUUGCUGAAAGAAGACUUCAUUUGAUUUUUCAAACUUAGUAAAGUUGCAUUCAUACUUUUUUAAUUUUUUUUGAAAAAAAAUGUAUGGAAAAAAAUUAUCGCGUCAUUGGAGGAAAAGUACCUUAAUUGUUGUAAAUGAACAUCUUACUGAAAGAAGACAUUAUUUCGAUUUAAAAAAAUUUCACAUCAAAUGAAAAAAAUAAUGUUUCCUUUUGUUUCCAACACUAUGUUAUUUGGCAAAAAAAUAAUUCUCACAUUGAAGCCUUUCGAUCGGCAUGACAAAGCUACAAGGUAUUUUUUUCUCUCGUGUAGCGGGUUCGAUUCCCGGUUUAACCAUGAAAUUAUUUAAAAUGCAAUUCAACUUGUUUUUUUAAAUCGAAAUAAUGUCUUCUUUCAGUAAAAUGUUCAUUUACAACAAUAAAAUUAAGGUACUUUUCCUCCAAUGAUGACGCGAUAAUUUUUUUCCAUACAUUUUUUUUCAAAAAAAAUUUAAAAAGUAUGAAUGCAACUUUACUAAGUUUUAAAAAUAAAAUGAAGUCUUCUUUCAGCAAAAUAUGCUAUCUAUGAUAUUUAAGGUACUUUCCCUCCAUGUGGCAUCGCCGUGGGACGCCCUGUAUAUACCUACGGUAAAAUUGCGCAAAUGUUAUCGGAAUCUGACUAUAAAUUCGACAACUAAAUAAAAUUCGGGCCAUAUUAGAUUUGUUGUAUAAUUUUCGAACUUUUUUGAUCAAAAUCGGCAAUCAUUAGUGGCCACAUUGAAAACGGCAAUGCUCUAAUAGUAGCUAACAUAUUCAAUUGACACUUAGGUAUACGUUUUAAAGCUGUUACCAAGAGAUCCCGCCGCGUUAGCAUUGUAAAUGAUAAUAGGUAUUAUUAGAUGUUUAAAUAGAUUACGUAACUUAUUUGAAUGGUUCUCAGGGCCCCAUGCUAGCGUCCUUUGAGCGUUGGCGUCUAGUCAGCGCUAUGGAAAAUGGCGUCGCUGCGUAGUUGCGCCAACGCUGCGUCGAGCAGCAGCCAUAGAGUUGACUAGACGCCGACGCUCAAAUUGUCUUGUCAUCUACCGCUGUCAAAUGUGGAUAACUCCAUAUACCGUCUGUAACCAUAGUAUUGGUGAUAAAAUCGAUGAUAACUGUCGUUUUAUCAACAUAAUUAUCACCACAUUGUGUGAUAACUACAACCUUGCUCAGCCCGCAGGCGACGCUAGUGUGGGGUGACUCUCAAUGUUCUCAUUCUAUGUGUUCGUUAUGUAAGUUACAUGUUAAGUUAGUUAGCGAGCUGUACAUAGAUGGUAAACGAUGAUAAUUGAUGAUAAUGUCACUGUAACUGUCAUUCUGUUAAACGCCGACACUGUAAAGUUUAUUGUGCCAUAGAUUAUUUGUUGUGUUUGUGUUUUGCUAUUAUAUUUAUUAGUUUUUCA